AUGAUAAUAGGAAUGAGUCUGUUUGGUAAUAGCCUGUUUGAGGCGCUGGUGCUGCGCUCUGACGGCGGCGGGGCGAGAGUGGCCCCAGCCCGGGGGCUGACAAGCGCCGCGCGCCGCGCGCGGAAAUUGGGCGUGAAGAUCUGUCGCCUUCCGGUAGAUGCCUCUCUUUGGGAACUUCGCGCGAUGGCCGGCGACGUCGCCGGCAUCGCACACGCUCCACGGAAGAGUCUAGGAAGCGGGAAUUGGCGGGAAAUGAAGCGCCGCCAUUGUACUGGGAUUCCAACGGGUUAUUACCUCAACGCCGACCGUGGUUGUUUUGAACGGACUAGAGUACCCGUACGUUCUCAGUAA